GGGCUGGGGUGGAGGGACAGACCUGGCGCCCGUGGAGCCGGGGAGCUGGGAUGCUGCUGUGGGAGCGAUACAGAUUCUUCUCUGGAGGAAGUGGUACUUUGCAGCAAAGAAGAAAAAGGAGACAACUGGCUGGUCCAGGAAGAAUUUUUAAAACCACAGAAGCAAAAGCCCAGGUCACUUUCUGCUUUCAAGCACACCCUGUUCCUUCACAAGGAAAAAAGAAGCCCACAGAGCAACAUUUACUCAUAAAGUCUCUAUUCAGCUCUCCUUGCUUGUUUUUGACACAGGGUUCAGCUAACUGGUGCCCACACAGUGCAGACCAGCGGGGGAAGUGGGGUUUGCAGCAGAGAACAGUAAAAAGAUCUGCUCUUCCAGAAUGCAGGGGAAAACCGCAUUAUUUCUGGAUGAGUGGCCCGGAACACAGUGGGGACUCUCUUCCCUAUUUUCCCCUUUGGAUUGGAGACUGCCCACCUGCCCAUUCCUGCCUGGGACACCCUUCCUCGCAAGGGGCUGCCUCGGGGGGAAAUGGGGCGUCUGCCUUCACGUCAUUUGAAUGGGCUAUUUUUGGGUGGCUUUCAUGGUACAGCGAUUCCUACCUUAGAAGGAGACAAGUGAGCCACUUUCUAGCUGCUCAGGGUGAAAAUUCUGGAAACAUCCUUAACUCCUUUCUUCCUCACGUCCCAUUUCCAGUCCACCAGCAUAUCGUGUUGGCUCCCCAUUCAAAAGUUAGUCCGUAUUUAUAACGAUCUAAAUCACAAGAUGUACUCAGUAUCUGUAACUAUAUAUGGUUCCACAAGAGACAGAACCAGUAGGAGAUUUAUUGCCAGGAACCGGCUUUGACAGUUGCAGGGGCUGGUUAGGUGAGUCUGAAAUCUGUAGGGUGGGCCAUCAGGAAGGGCAGGAGGGAACUCUCAGGCAUGAGCCGAAACUGUUGUCCACAGGUAAAUCUUCUUCUUCAUCAAGGAACCCUUAGCUCUGCCCACAAGGCUUUUCAGCUGAUUGAAUCAGGCCCACCCUGAAUCUAGGAUGAGUUCCAUGACUUAAAGUCAACUAAUUAGGGCUUCCCUGGUGGCGCAGUGGUUAAGAAUCCGCCUGCCAAUGCUAGGGGACACGGGUUCGAGCCCUGGUCCGGGAAGAUCCCACAUGCUGCAGAGCAUCUAAGCCCGUGUGCCACAACUACUGAGGCUGCGCUCUAGAGCCUGCGAGCCACAACUACUGAGCCCAUGAGCCACAACUACUGAAGCCUGCGCACCGCAGCGAAGAAUAGCCCCCGCCCACCACAACUAGAGAAAGCCCACGCACAGCAAUGAAGACCCAGUGCAGCCAAAAAAAAAGGGUCAACUAAUUAGAGACUUUAACUAUCUUCACAGCAACACCCAGGUCAGUGUUUGAUUGAAUAACUGGGGACUGUAGCCUAGUCAAGGUGACAUAUAAAACCUACUGUCACUUAUCCAAAUUCAACUCUCCCCUCCAUAGCGCCCUCCCUUGAGCCGGGCCACCAGCAUUUCUCCCCUGAAUUAUUGCUUUAGCCUCUUUACCAGUUUCCCUGUUUCUUUUCUUGGCCUCCCUGCCCCUCCCCACAACUGUUUUCAACAAAGCAGCUAGAGUGAUCAUUAUUCCAUCGCUCAGAGCCCUCAUGGUGGGCAGAAUCAUGGUCUCCCAAAGAUGUCUGUGUCCUAAUCCCUAGAACCGUGACUCUGUUACCUGACAUGGCAAAAGGGGCUUUUAAGGAUGUGCUCAGGGUAUGGACCUCGAAAUAGGCAGAUGAUCCUGGAUUACCAGGUGGGUGCAAUCUAAUCACAUGUCAUUAAAAAUGGAAGAGCGAGGCCUCAGAGUGGUCAGAGACAUCUGCUGUGAGAAGGGCUUGACCCUCCACCACCGGCUUUGAAAAUGGAGGAAGAGGCCACGGCCAACAGCAAGGAAAGGGGGGGCUUCGGUCCUACACCGGCAUGGAACUGAAUUCUGCUGACACACUGAACAAGCAAGAAAAAAGAUUCUCCCCUAGAGCUUCCGGUAAAAACUGCUGCCCUGCCAACCGCUUGCGUUUAGCCUGGUGAGACUCGUGUUGGACUUCUGAUCGAUAGAACUGCAAGGUACAAAUGUGUGUUGUUUAAGCCACUUGGUCUGAGGUAAUUUGUCAUGGCAGCAAUAGAAAAUGAAUUCAGCCCUCUAGUGACUUCAUGCUACUCAGGGUAAAAGCCACGCCCCUCUGAUUCCCUGCGCCCUUUGCUGUGACAUCAUUUCCUCACACUCCCUUCUUUCUCCCCUCACCCCUCCAACAACUCCAGGGUCUGAACUAGAGUGUAGUUUGCGAGGCACAGGCCUCGACGUGCCAAAAAACUCAGUAAUCAAGAUAAAUAUUUUAGUUUAAUAUCAGAAUUAAUGCAAAAAAUAUCCACGAAGCACAAAAUGUUAAAAGUUAGAAGAGGGACUUCCCUGGUGGCGCAGUGGCUGGGGGGUCCACCUGCCGAUGCGGGGGGCGCGGGUUCGUGCCCCGGUCCGGGAGGAUCCCACGUGCCGUGGAGCGGCUGGGCCCGUGAGCCGUGGCCGCUGAGCUUGCGCGUCUGGAGCCUGUGCUCCGCAACGGGAGAGGCCGCAACAGUGAGAGGCCCGCGUGCCACAAAAAAAAAAAAAAAAAAAAGUUAGAAGAAAGACAGGACCCGACCCUGCAUUUGCACAAUUUGCCUCCCCCUAAUCCCAGCCCUGAACCUUAUUGCUCUCAAGCUUCUGGGCAUACUCCAUCAGCAGCACUUUUCCAUUUGCUUUUGCCCCAAAUAUCUGCAAAGUGUCCUCCCUUACCUGCUUUGGCCUUUGAUCAAAUAUCACCCUCGUAAGGAGCCUUCCCUGACCCUUUAAAAUUGUAGUGCCCCUCACCAACUCUCCCUGACCCCUCCUUUGCUUCAUACUUCCCCAAAGCACAUUACACAUCUAACAUUCUAUUUUAUUUAUUUUCUACCAUAAGGGAGGUAAAAUUUCUCCUUUACCCUCUUAGGGUUUCCACCUGGGACUGUCUUAACAAAUUAACGGGAAGAAAGCAUAAAAAUUUCAUUAUAAUAAAAUUUUACAUGUACAUCGGAGUCCUCACAGGAAAAUGAA